AUGGAUCCAAUUUUCAAUCCCAUAAUACGAAAUGAUUCUAAGCAAUUAAAGUCUGCAAUAAUAAAUGAAAUGGAACAAAAACUACGUAGUCUAAAUUUGAAUGAGCCAUACUCGAGGUUAAAUGAUGUUGUGGAUAUAAAGCAUGCCAUGAUAUGCGAAGUUGAUAAAAUUUGCGAUUUUGAGAGAGCCAAAGAUGACGUUUUUUACGAAAUAGGGAAAGAGCCAAACGUGAAUGGACCUUUGGGAUUAACGAAUUCUAUAGUGGACGCAUUUAUUAUGAGCUACUACGAAGGUAUGAAUAUUACAGAUGUUGCUUGGGGCAACAUGAGAACUUCAGAAGAGUGGAAAUUAUUCUCACGUAUAACAAGAGGAAACCAGGAAGUCAGAUUUAACAGUACUGUAUUAGCUAAAGAAGUAGCGAAACCAUUAUUAAAAUACAUUUAUAAUAUUUUAAAUAAAAAAUCGCCCAACUUUACAUUGCUUGUUGGACAUGAUUCAAACUUGAAUUCAGUUAUGGCGGCAAUAGGUUUUAAGCCGUAUGUGUUGCCAGACCAAUAUGAACUCACGCCCAUCGGUGGGAAACUUGUUUUUCAAAGAUGGCACGAUACAAACACUAAUGAAGAUUUACUAAAAAUUGAAUAUGUUUACCAAACUAAGGAGCAGCUAAGAAAUGGAGAUGUUUUAUCAGAACAUAAUCCUCCAAGAGUAAUAACAAUGGAAAUUGAUAACUGCGAAAGUGAUAUUGGUGGGUUUUGUUCAUGGAAUAGCUUUAUAUCUAUUUUGAAAUCUAGUUUUAGUUAG